AUGUUUUUCAGAAAGCCAUCACCAACUCAACCUCAAAAGCCUCCAUCAUGCGCAACAAAAUCCCAAAGCCUCUCAAAAACAAAAGAACCCCACAUCACCACAAUUAACCUAUCAAUAAAAUCCACCGUCUUUGCAUCUUUCUUCAUUGCAUCAUGCUUCCUCUUCCUUCACUUCCACCACCCAACCACCACCACCACCGUCAAAACCACUGCCACAUGCAACGGAUCACCUCCAUUCUACAUCUACAACCUACCUCCACGUUUCAACCUAAACCUCCUUAAAAACUGCGAAAAUCUCAACAUCUACAUGAACAUGUGCCCACAUGUCAUAAACAAUGGACUAGGACAACCACUCUCAAAACCAUCAUGGUAUGCUACACAUCAAUUCUUAGCUGAAAUGAUUUUUCAUGCUAGAUUAGAAAAUCACGUGUGUCGCACGUGGGAUCCAAAUCAAGCUGUUCUAUUCUACAUACCCUUCUACGGUGGUCUCUACUCCUCCAGCGUUUUCCGCCAACAGAAUCACACUCUCCGUGACUCGCUCGUUGUUGAUUUAAUCGAUCAUAUUAAACAACAACAGUGGUUCAACCGUUACAAUGGUAAGGACCAUUUUAUUUCCCUAGGGAGAACCGCAUGGGAUUUCAUGCGCACAAAAACCGGUCAUGAUUUCGGAGCCAACAUCCUUCUAAACCUGCCACCUGUCAAAAACAUGUCGGUGCUAACAGUUGAACGACAACCUUGGAAAGGGAAAAACCAAAACGGCAUACCAUACCCGUCGUAUUUUCAUCCCAAGACAAAAAAGGAAAUGCUGACGUGGCAGAAUAAAGUUAGACUAAACGACCGACCGUUUUUGUUUUCUUUCAUCGGUGGGAAAAGGAAAGGGUUAGGAAAAGCAAAGAUUCGCGACGAGUUGGUUAAACAAUGUAACGAGUCGACUCGGUGCGAGUUAGUUGAAUGUGGGGUUGCGAAUAGUAAAUGUCAUCAACCAAUGGAAGUACUUGGAGUUAUGAUGAAGUCACGUUUUUGUCUUCAAGCACCCGGUGAUUCUUUUACGAGGAGGUCAACGUUUGACUCGGUGGUUGCCGGUUGUAUACCGGUGUUUUUCUCGCCGCAUACAGCGUAUACGCAAUACGCGUGGUAUUUUCCGGAGGAGAAAGAUACGUAUUCGGUUUAUAUUGAAGAUGGGAGUGUAGGAAAGAAGAGGAAUUUGAUUGAGGAGGUGUUGAUGGAAAUUUCUGAUGAAGAAGUUGAAAAGAAGCGUGAAGUAGUGAUUGGUUUGAUCCCGAGGAUUAGUUAUUCGCAUCCGAAUGUUAGUGGUGUUGGGUUUUUUGAUGCAGUUGACGUGGCACUUCGAGGACUUGCUAAGGUUGUUCAUGAGAUUUGA